GAACACGAUGGGGGCAAAUAAUUAAAUAGGAGCAGCCAUUAUCAUCUUCUUCUUCAAUUCAAAUUUCAAACCCGAUAUUGAUGUCGCCGUCGUCGGAAUCCAUGAACAGAAAGCUCCACGUCGCCAUGUUCCCAUGGCUGGCCUACGGCCACAUGAUCCCCUUCCUCCAUCUCUCCAACGAGCUCGCCAAAAGAGGCCACAAGGUCUCAGUUUUGCUCCCCAAAAACGCUACCCUCAAACUCGCAAAUCUCAACCUUCACCCCCACCUCAUAACCUUCCACGCUCUCACGCUGCCGCCGGUGGAAGGCGCCCCGCCCGGCGCCGAAACCUCGUCGGACUCCAAGGAUUCUCUCGCCUUAGCACGCGCCCUGGACGGAACCCGGGAUCAGGUCAAGGCAAUCCUCGUCGCCGCCGGCGACAAGCCGGACUUUAUUUUCUUCGAUUUUGCUUACUGGAUCCCGGAGGUGGCGUCGGAGAUCGGCUGUAAAUCUGUGUACUUUAAAGUUAUCGGUCCUACUAUAUCGGCAUUGGGGCUUGUGGUGUUAGCCGGCUCAGGGAAGACGUUAACCGCGUCGGACCUUACGGAGCCGCCGCCGGAAUACCCUUCUUCUAAGGUGGUCCUGCGGGAACACGAAGCACGGCAAGUAGCGCAGUUCGCGAACAUCCCGGGCAACCAGAUGACAACGUUGUUCGAGCGAGGCUUCGCCGGGAUGAGAACCUGCGACGCGCUAGCCAUGAGAACCUGCAAAGAAAUAGAAGGCCAAUUCUGCGACUACAUCGCCAGCCACUUCGGCCGACGCCCGAUGCUCUACACCGGCCUAAUCUUGCCGGAAAUUCAAGAAGACCCACUGGACCCCGCAAUCUCGAAUUUCCUCGAAAAAUCCCGACCUAACUCAGUCGUUUUCUGCGCAUUCGGAAACGAACGCCACAUGGAAAAAGACCAAUUCCAAGAACUCCUCUUAGGGUUCGAGAAAACAGGGCUCCCAUUCCUCCUCGCCCUAAGGGCACCAAAGGGGGCAAACUCCAUAGACGAAGCUUUACCGGAAGGAUUCCAAGAAAGGGUUAAAGACAGAGGAAUGGUUCGUGAUUGGGUCCCACAGACUCAAGUUUUAGCCCAUAAAUCAAUCGGGUGUUUCGUGAAUCACUGCGGGUAUGGAUCGAUGUGGGAAGCUUUGCUGAGCCAUUGCCAAUUAGUGUUUGUGCCCAACAUUAUCGAUCAAACCUUGAACACCAGGUUAAUGGCGGAUGAGCUUGGAGUUGCAGUGGAGGUGGAGAAGGGCGAAAAUGGGUGGAUUUCGAAGGAGAAUCUUUGCAGGGCAGUUAGAUCAGUGAUGGAUGAGGAUAGCCAGAUUGGGUGUUUGGUGAGGGAGAAUCAUAAGAAAUGGAGACAAGUGUUAACGAGGCCUGGAUUCAUGACAGAUUAUGUGGAAAGUUUUAUUGAGGAUUUGCAUGGACUUUUGGUUUAAUUUGAAGGUGGAGUGAGAUUAUAUUUGCUAUGUGUUUUAACUUGUAAGGGUGAAUGUAAUAAUAAUAACAUUUUUAAUAUUCCAAUUCACUAUUUUAUGUUUUGAUGGA